GGUAGUUGGGAAUGCUAGAAAAGAGAGAGCCGUUGUCGGAAGUCACAGGGAAGAUUUGCACACUAGUCAACGCUAGAAUCCGUGCAUUUUGGGAUACUUAUUCUUGUAAACCUGCCACCACAAAGGUUCUAUUUGUUAUUUGUGAAAACUAGCAAAACAAUGGGCAUUCGAUUUUCAAAGUUUGUUAUCUUCAUCCUCUUACAGCUUUUCUUCUCUGGUUUCUCAUAUGGAACGGAUAUCAUCACCUCAUCCACCAAUCUUAGUGAUGGCAGAACCUUAGUUUCUAGUGAUGGAAGCUUUGAACUGGGGUUCUUUAGUUCUGGAAGCUCUAGCAAGGGUCGUUACUUGGGAAUUUGGUACAAGAAUAUCUCAGUUCAAAAUAUUGUUUGGGUUGCAAACAGGUGCAACCCGAUGAAUGAUUCGUCUGGUAUUCUGAUGAUAAACAACACAGGCAAUCUGGUACUCCUCAGUCAAAAUCGGAGUGUUGUUUGGGCAUCAAACUCAAAGAGAGAAGCUCAAAACCCAGUGGUGCAGCUCCUGGAUUCCGGUAAUCUUGUUUUACAAGAUAGAAUUGCUGGUAAAUCAGAAACAUUUUUGUGGCAAAGCUUUGACUAUCCCACUGAUUCUUGGCUGCCUGGGAUGAAAUUUGGAUGGGACUUAAGUACUGGUCUUAAUCGACGACUAUCGGCAUGGAAGUCCCCAGAUGAUCCAUGCCCUGGAGACUUAAGUUAUGGGAUGGAGGUAUUUAAUUAUCCUGAUCUUGUUAUGUGGAAAGGCUCAAAGAAGUAUUACCGGGUAGGCAAUAGGAUUGGCAUUGCACCGAGCGGUUUGCCACGGAUUGUGCCAGAUCAGUUUUUUACAAUCAAUGGCAUCUCAAAUGAAAACGAGUCUUACCUAAUCUACUACCCCAAAACCAAAUCAGUAAUCACGAGGCUUUUUUUGAACCAAACUUCCAGUAGUGCGGAGCGCAUCAUAUGGAAUGAAGAAGGUAGAACUUGGAUAGUGUAUAGUCGCUUUCCAAGUGAUGACUGUGACAUCUAUGGGACUUGUGGAACAUAUGGGACCUGCCUCAAUACAGCAAUUCCGCCUUGUCAAUGUUUGAAAGGUUUCAAGCUAAAAUCACAGAGCUGGCAUUCAGUGGACUGGUCUCAGGGUUGUAUGCGCAAUAACCCAUUAAACUGUCAGAAAGGAGAUGGAUUUAAAAAAUUUGGUGCGUUGAAAAUGCCUGAUGCUGCACAUUCUUGGUUGUUUAAAGGUAUGGAUCUCAAUGAGUGCAGGGUUAAAUGCUUAGAGGAUUGUUCUUGUAUGGCCUAUGCAACCUUGGAUAUUAAGGAAGACAGAGGCUGUGUAAUUUGGUUUGGUGAUCUAAUUGAUCUUAAACAGUUCCAAUCUGCUGGACAGGAUUUAUAUAUUCGAAUGUCUGCUGCUGAUUCAGACCAUGAAGAGACAAAAGGCAAGACUAAAAUGAUGGCUACACUAAUUAUUGCAGCUGCCAUUCUUGUAGUUAUUAGUGUUUUUGUAAUCACCUAUUACAUUUGCAGGAAGUGUCGUAACAUAGAAGAAAGAGAAAUUGGCCAGAGCAAUGAAAGGCAAAAUGAAGAUUUGGAACUUCCACUUUUUGAGUUUGUUGUAAUAUCCAAAGCCACUAAUGAUUUCUCUUCUGACAAAAAGCUAGGAGAAGGCGGUUUUGGGCCUGUAUACAAGGGUACUCUAUCAAAUGGAAGAGAAAUUGCUGUGAAGAGGCUCUCAAGUAUCUCUGGACAAGGAUUAGUUGAGUUCAAGAAUGAAGUAGCACUUAUAGCCAAACUUCAACAUCGGAAUCUUGUAAAACUUUUAGGAUGCUGCAUUCAGGAGGAGGAAAAGAUGUUGAUUUACGAAUUUAUGCCUAAUAAAAGUUUAGACUACUUCAUUUUUGAUGAUACUAGAAGGAAUCUAUUAGACUGGCCAAGGCGUUUUCACAUUAUUUGUGGAAUUGCUAGAGGGCUUCUUUAUCUACAUCAAGAUUCUAGAUUGAGAAUCAUCCAUAGAGAUAUCAAAGCUAGCAAUGUUUUGCUUGAUAAUGAAAUGAACCCCAAAAUUUCAGAUUUCGGAUUGGCUAGAACAUUUGAAGAACAAUCAGAUGGGAGAACAAAUAGAGUGGUUGGAACCUAUGGUUAUAUGGCACCAGAAUAUGCAAUUCAUGGGCAAUUCUCAGUAAAAUCUGAUGUUUUUAGCUUCGGUAUAUUGUUGUUAGAGAUAAUAAGUGGAAAGAAGAAUAGAGGGUUUUACCAUCUUAGCCAUAGUGUUAACCUUACUGGACAGGCAUGGAGAUUGUGGAAAGAAGGACAUCCUUUGGAACUGAUUGAUUCAUUUGUAAAAGAAUCUUGCACUCAAUCUGAAGUAUUAAGGUGUAUCCACAUUAGUCUCUUAUGUGUUCAGCAACAGUCUGAGGAUCGGCCAAGUAUGUCGUCUGUAGUUUUGAUGUUGGCUGGUGAGACUGAAUUAGUGCAACCCAAAGAACCUGGUUUUCUUUUUGACGAGAAAACCCUCCAAAUAGAUUCAUCAUUCGCUAUGUUUGAAUCAACUUCAAGAAACGAACUUAGCCUCUCAGAGAUGGAGCCUCGAUAAAAGGUUACAUGAGCGGUACAUGCCUCUUCCUAUCUAUGUUACCUAAUGUUCCUUUCUUUUUUUUUAAACGAAUGCCUGCCGUGUACCUUAACCAUUAUUUACACAUAAUUUAUCUUGUUUGAUUAUUUGAACAUAAUUAUGUGAUAAUUAUACUGUUUGAUUCUUAAUACUUAAUUCAUGGUUAAAUGUCAAUCUUGGUCUCUCAACUAUGAAAAGUGUACUUUUUAGUCCUUCUACACUUUUAAUCCUUCCUUCAAUUAGUCUAUUAUGUUUGUCUCAGUAUAUACAUUUUUAGUUCAUGAAUUUAUAAUAUAUGUAUAUUUUUUGU